GCGGCGGUUUGCAGUAGGCGGUUAUUGUAGUAUCCGGAGUGGUUUGAGUCUGGUGAGCUGCGAUUGGAUACUCGACCGGUGCUCCAUCAGCAGAGUGGGACCCCAAGGCCUCAAACAGGCUGCUAUCUGCCCCAGGACACCCUCUUCGUUCAUCGCUUCCCCCAUAGUCGGAUACCGAUUACUUGGACUCUGACUCAGACCCAGGUUCCCACCCCUACUCUUCCAGCCCCCUUUUUCUCUGGCCGCUGCAGUUAGUCCUCCCUCUCUCUCCUCGCUGUGCCACCACAGGGAGUCACCAGGAAGUAUGGCCCCCCACAAGACGUCUCGAAAUACCUCAAAGUUGCCUCUGGCUUUAAACCCCUUGAAGAGCAAGGACGUGUUAGCAGUGUUGGCUGAGAGGAACCAGGCUAUAGUACCAGUUGGGGCAUGGGUGGAACCUGCCUCACCACAUAGUUCGGAAAUACCAGCAUAUACUUCAGCAUAUAUGAUUGAAGAAGAAGUAAAGGAACAGCUAAGAAAAAAACAAGAAGCUUUGAAGCAUUUUCAGAAACAAGUCAAACACCGAGUAAACCAACAGAUUAAGCUGAGAAAAAAGAAACAGCUUCAGAAGUCUUAUGAAGCAGCAGAGAAAGAAGGUUCUAUAGCUAUGUAUUCUUCAGAUCCAGCAUGCUUAACUCCUAGAAGAACAAGUGUUUUUCCAAACAAUUUGAAUGCUGCUAUUGAAAGUGCUAGGUUACUGCCUUCCCGGAUGCUUGGGGGUGGAAUAGAAGAUAGCGAAAAUCAGAAUCGAUUAUUCCAUCAACAAGCCCAGGCUCUUAGUCAAACCAUGAAACAGGCACGUCACCGGCUGGCAUCUUUUAAAACUGUGAGUAAAAAUAAUACAUCAGUGUUUCCAGAUGGUACAAGGAAAAGCUUUCCCACCCAAGAGGAACACGACUCUGAGGAAUCUUCAUCUAUUAUGAUAGACAAGAAAGAGAGAGAAAGUUUGUUUUCGUGGGACCAGCAGGAUCUCCUUUCUGAAGACAAGGACAAACCUUUCAGCAGAGAGCGGAAAGUACAAUUCAAAAAUCCAUUAUUUGCUGUGAUGGAAGAGGAAGAGCUAAAGAAGUUACAUCUUCAUGGCCUUCAGGAUAUUCUUCCAGAAACCCAGGAUUAUCUUUCAGAAGCCCGAGGUGAUCUGCUGGACACCCAGAGUAAUUUGACAAGAGUCCAGAAUAUCGAGGUGGAAGUCCAGAGUGUUGAGUCAGACACCCAGGCUAUUGAACCGGAAGGCCAAGCUGUUGAGCCCGAAGCCCAGGCCGUUGAGCCUGACGUCCCAGUUGUUAAGACAGAAACUCAGAGUAUUAUGCUGGAAGUCCAGAGUACUGAACUAGAAGAUGGGAGUAUUAUAUUGGAAGCCCGGGAUUUUCUAUCACCAAAUCAGGCUUUUCCACCCAAAGAUCAGAGUAUUCUACUCAAACGUCAGGACCAACAUUUUCUACGCAAAGACCAGCAUGUUCUUGCCAAAGACCAGAAUAUUCUACACAGAUGUCAAAACCAGCAUUCUCUACCCAAAUAUCAGAAUGUUUUCCCGAAAGAUGAGAAUGCUCUGCCCAAAUGUCAGGACCAGGAUUUUCUAUCCAGAUAUCAGAAAGUAUGCUUCAAGGAGCCAUAUUCUGAUAUGAUAAAUGAGAAAGGGAGAGGUGACUUUUCUCUGGCGGGUCAUCGGUAUCUGCCUCCUAAACUCCAGGACCAAGCCUUCGUCAGAAAUCAGAACAUGUUUUCCAAGCAGCUGUCAUUUUUUAUGAGAGAAGAGAGAGUGAGAGAUGAAUUGCCUCAGGAGUAUCCUCAGUAUGUUAACCCUCAAAUACAGGACCAAGCCUCCCCUGGAGAUCAGAGUUUAUACUCUAGGCAGCAGCCAUCUGUUGGGACAGCUGAAAGAUGGCGAGAUUUGCUUCUUGGCCGCCAGCAUCUUCCACCCACGCACCGGAGAGAGGCUUCCAGCAGAAGACAGGUUUAUGAUGAAUGUCAAUCAGGAUUGAACACUGAAUUCCAGCCUUCAUUGGCACUUCAGACUGGAGUAGAUCAAGAAGAAGACAAGAAAGAGCGUCAAAGGCAGUACUUGAGAUAUAGACGACUUUUCAUGGAUAUUGAAAGAGAACAAGUAAAAGAGCAGCAAAGGCAAAAAGAACACAGGAAGAAAAUUGAAAAAAUUAAGAAAAAGAAAGAGCAGCAACGUUAUGCUGAAGAGCAGAAGCUGUUAAGAAAGAACUUUUCUGAAGAGCCAUCUUCAGGGGAGAAGAUGAGUGAGAUAUUAGCCCAGCUACACCUUGAGGAAAUAAAAGGAGCCAGAGAAAAACAGCAACAGAGAGAAAAGGAAUACCAAAGCGGUUCACUUUGCCUGAUCAUACUGAAUUUUUAUAGAUAUGUAGAUGCUUUAAGAGCCCAAAUCCAAGAGAAAAUGAAGCUCUACAAUAUUACUUUACCUCCACUAUGCUGCUGUGGUCCUGACUUUUGGGAUGCUAAUCCUGCUACUUGUGCCAACAACUGUAUUUUCUAUAAAAACCACAAAGCAUAUACCCGGGCACUGCAUUCAGUCAUCAGUUCCUGUGAUAUCCCUGAGGGGAACUCAACUCUUCGAGCCGCCAUUCAUAAUUUUGCUUCUGCGCACAGACGGACUUUGAAAAAUGCGCGUUAAGAAUCUAAAAUCAGCCUUCACUUAAAAUGAGCCCUGAGAGAUUAUAUAGGAAAAGCCGUCAAAGUGUUUAAGAUGCAUAAUCGUGAAAGAAAGACUGCCCCACAUAACACCUUUUUCUGUAAUUAAAUGGGGACCAUCGUUUCAGUCUCCACCUUGGGACCAAAAUGGAAAAUUGACUUCUAAACUUGUCUUUUUGCUGUGAACCAUAAUGGAGUCUAUUAUUUUAAAAAUGAUCACUCAGACCAAUAAGGUUUCUCUUACUUUGCUCUGCUCUGAUCAGAAGAGAUCAUGAGAAAUCUUUGAGAUUAUCUCACUUAUCAUCUUUCUAAAACUGUAUCUUUGAGUCUUGACAAUUGAAAAUUUCUAGAUGAAGCAGAAAAGAUGAUGAUUAAAUAAAUUUCUAUCAGUGGCCAUCUGGAUUGCCGUUAGCUUUUCUAGUUGUAUAUGACAAUUAAAGAUGAGAAGAAUCUGAAUUUGAUUCACAUUUUCUUUUCUCAAAAUCUUUCUCUCUCUCUUUUUUUUUUUUAUAACUUAUUACCUCUUCCCCCCAUUCAGUGACAUUGGACGUAAGACUCUUUAUCAUUUUCAUUGACAAAAAAGGCAAAUAAGCCCUCUGUCAUUUUCAAAAACUGAAUCUGAAGUCAAAGUGAGUAAAGUCCUCCCUUUUUUCCCUAUCUUUAAAAAAUUUGGUGAAUGGCAUGUAUACAGAGCAGAUGAAAUAAAAAUUGCAAUAGUUAGUA